GGCGGCACCGUCCACUGCUCGCCCACCGUUUGCCCCCCCGUGACUUGCCCCCAGCCAGAGCGGAGGCCUGGAUCCUGCUGUCCUACCUGCCCCAGCUGCCUUCACCACAACCAGGUGGUGCCAGAUGGGGAGGAAGUCCCCAACUCGCUGGAUCCGUGCCAGGUUUGCGUCUGCACCGGGGGAGAGCUAGUCUGCACCCCACGCAAGUGCGUGGCUCCCCUCUGCGCCCACCCCUUGCCGGGCUCCUGCUGCCAAAACAACUGCAACGGCUGCAGCUACGCUGGAAAGGAGUACCCCAAUGGAGCAGACUUCCCCCACCCCGCUGACAGCUGCCGGCAGUGUCACUGCAUUAAUGGCCAUGUGCAGUGCCUCUCCCGUCGGUGCCCACCUCUGCUCUGCCCCGAGCCCACCCUGAGACCCCAAGAGUGCUGCCCCCAAUGUCCAGCCCCUCCGGCUGGCUGCCUCUACUUGGGGGUCACCUACAAGCACCUGGAGCGGUUCUACGACCCAUCGGAGAAGUGCCGCACCUGCGUUUGUGCCAAUGGUACCAUCACGUGCCAGCACCAGCCCUGUGCACCGGUCCUGUGCUCGCACCCACUGCAGCAGGGAUGUUGCCGCUCGUGUGAUGGCUGCCUUUACCAGGGCAAGGAGCUGCCCAACGGGGGGCAGUUUGCCGACCCCCAAGACCCCUGCCGCCUCUGCUCCUGCUGGGAAGGGGGAGUGGUUUGCAAGACCAAGGCCUGUCCUGCAGCCAAGUGCCCGUUCCCAGUGCCCGGGCCCUGCUGCCAGAGCUGUGAAGGUACGUAG